GCAAUAUAUUUAUAUAUAUAUACCCCCCAAAGUUCUCCUUAGCUAGCUCAUUAUAAGUCAUUACUUCUCUCUGACAAAAACCCCCCACACUCUUUUACUCUCUUCCUCUUCUUUGUCUCUCAGUUUGGUUUUCUGUUUUUCUCUCUUAUUCAUUUAUACUAGGCACUAGCUCGUAAUAUUAUACAUAUAUAUAUAUAAGUCCUGUACGCUGACACCUCGAGCUAGCUAGCUGUUUCAACAUUAUGUCAAGCAGAAGAUCUAGUUCGAGGCAGUCUGGUGUUUCCAUGAACAUCAGUGAUGACCAAAUCACCGAUCUUGUUUCCAAGCUUCAACGACUUAUUCCUGAGAUCCGUAACAGACGCUCCGACAAGGUGUCGGCUUCCAAGGUCUUGCAGGAGACUUGCAACUACAUUAGGAACUUACACAGAGAGGUCGAUGACCUGAGCGACCGUUUAUCGCAGCUCUUGGCGACGACGGAAAACGACAGUGCUCAAGCAGCCAUAAUUAGGAGUCUACUUAUGUAAUAUAAUGGGGACACAUGUUACAAGUGUACCCCUAUAUAUAUAUGUUCCCGCUUCUAUCUUUUUUUAUCUCUUUCCAAAUAUAAUAUCUAGCUAGGGUUUGGUCAUGGUAGGCCAGGGUGAGAAAGGUUUAGAUAUGGAAUAUAUAUCCAUUGAAAUCCCUUUUCAGAGACCUGUAGUAAUUAAUAUUUAACGAUCAUAAAUAAAAGGAUCACUUGAUGUUGAUGAUAUAUCUAGACCAGCUUUUGAAUUGAUCAUUUUUGACGCUUUGUAUCCAGAAUGCUGUGUCCUUUGUCCCCCCAUGAAA